UACUAUCGACGAGGAUCUAGUCGAAGCCUACAGGAUUACUCUGGGGAUUACGCCGAGUACCCGAUGGAAUUGUCCAACCACUUCAUGCUCUGCGGGCACAUCUAUCCACAUCGCAUAGGAGGAAGCCCACCAGAUGUUACGUAGCCUUUAUUAUAUUGACUUGGAGCCAGCUCCAGCUUUCGAAUAUAAAAGGCCAAACGCAGCUCCUCACAUAUCGUUUUUCACCCAACACCCACAAUCUUCUACUCCCUCAUCCUACAUCCCUCGCAAUCAUGAAGCUCUCUGCACCCUUCACCGCCCUUGCACUUCUGACUUCGUCCGCUUUCGGCUUCGAGGUCAUCACCUUCAAGGAUGAUAACUGCGGCGGCGAAAGCAAGACUAUCAACGUCUAUGACAACACCUGCCGCAACUCCAACAUUCUAUCGAGGACGAGAUCUUUCCAGGUGCAGAGCUAUGGAGGAAAGUCCCAGCGCGCCGCGUUCUACACCGACACUUCUUGUUACCCCACGAACUGGUGGAUUGACUUCUGGGCCGAUGGAGGAAGCGACCAAUUCCUGAAAGGCCGAUGCAUUAACAUCGGCCACGACAUCCAUGCCUUUGGCUCUAGGGCAGCAUAAGCGCCUGGUACAUACUGAGUGCUACGUCCUGCAAGUGGGCAAUCCACGGUUCAUGCAGGUUGUCGGAUGAGACGGGGUAUUCAGGUGAUCUUAAACCUUAGACCUAGUGACGGAGUGAGUUGCAGACGAGGUAACUCGGAUAUCAAUUGGUGGGAGUUUACAUUCAUUCACUCGUUGAAUUUUUAUUUAGAGUGGUGGGCUUGUGGGCGUCGAAUAAUCAGUGAGCAUAUAUCUCCAGCACCAAAUGAAAUACUAUUUGUGCUAGCGAACUUUGAUGUUUUCCUCUUCAGCGCAGUAUGCAGCUUCGCCUUCUUACAUUCUCCUGUCCUUGCGCUGGUAUCCUCUUUUGUGCCGAGUCCGUGGACAGGACCAAGAAUAUGCGGAAUUCAGACGACAUGGUCCUGAAAUUCACAUUUA